AUGGAGAAUAAUAGUCAAACGUUAAAUCAUGGUAGUAACCAUAGUUUACCACCAACUUCAAUUAACAAAUCUUCGGUUAUAAUCAAAGGCAGUGCACCAAAUUCACCUUCAAUUGAACCAACAAGAUCUAUAGUAGUUCCAUCAAAUUUGAAUAUAAAUUUACCAACUUUCAAUAAUUCAACCGCCAUCGCUAAUACAAAUAUGACAACCUCAAAAGAUUCAGUAAUAACAAUAGAUAGAUCGAAUAAUGUAGCAAAUUUCUUAACAGAAAAAGAACCAAAAAAUAGCGGAUCAUCUGUUCAUACUUCCUGGGAAAAUAUAUUUAAAAAUCUUUAUUAUAUAUUAGCAUGCGCUAUGCAUACCGGAAUGCAUGCUUUAAUUACCAUGAUAUUGAUGAGUGGUAAUUUACCUAUUAUAUAUAAAAAACCCGAAGGUAAAUCUGUUUCAAUUUCUUCUUAUUUUACUCGCGUGGUUCCUUGUGCCGUAGCAGCAGCAUUAGAAAUAUGCAUGGCAAAUGCAUCACUUAUAUUUAUCACACUAAGCUUUUACACCAUGGUUAAAUCAUCUACACCGAUAUGGGUAUUAAUAUUCGCAUUUGCGUUUGGGUUAGAACAACCAAAAUUAAUACUAAUUAUCAUAAUAACAGUAAUCAGUGUUGGAGUUUUAUUAACAGUAGAAGGAGAAACGAAAUUUAAUUUGACAGGAUUUCUUUUGGUAUUAGGAGCGGCAAUAAUAAGUGGAUUAAGAUGGACAUUAACACAAAUGCUUUUACAAAAAGAAGAAGGAAUGAAUAAUCCAGUUGCAACGUUAUACUACCUAUCUCCAAUAAUGUUUAUUAUGAUGAGUAUAUUAUCAUUAAUAUUUGAACAACCUUUUCAAGUUUUUAACACUUCAAAACAUUUUGAAAAUGUUACUAGAGGAUUACAAACUUUUGGAUUGAUGUUGAUGGGGGGUUUACUGGCUUUUUGUAUGACCAUCGCCGAAUUUGCCCUUAUUAAAAAUACCAGUACCGUCACUCUAUCUGUUGCCGGGAUUAGUAAAGAAGUCGUUGUUAUCACUCUAUCUGUAUUAAUUUACCACGACGAAUUAACUCCAAUCAAUUUACUUGGGUGA